CCUCUUGGCGAAAAAGCGAACAAACGUCAAGUGAAUGCUGAAAAUUUUGUGCUGUGUGCAAUUUUAUCUAUAGUUUAUCAUUGUAAAUAAUGGAAUUUAUUCCGAGUUAACGCCUAAUUCAACGGAAGUUCCUAGCAGGUUCGGUGUUGUGUAUAGUUUUAGUUGCAAAGUGUAAAAUUUCGGGCUUCAAGGGCCAUUCAUUUCCGGCUGAAACCGAAGCAGUUUUGUGUUUUUGUUUUGUGUACAUCUAGUCAUCGUCUUCCGGCACCAAACACAUCGCCCCGGCUCAAAGAGAUUCCAAUGGAGGCGCAGAGGCAAAGCAUGACCGAUAUUCUACCGCCGUUUGUCACCGAAAUUGACAUCACAGAAGUUGAACGCAUUCAUAUGGUUGGACAAGGCUCCUUCGGAACGGUCUACAAGGGUUCAUGGAAGGGUAAUUACGUUGCUAUAAAAUACAUUACCCACGAGACGGAACGUAAUACAUUUAUAACGGAGGUUAAGCAGCUGUCACGGGUGGCACACCCCAACAUUAUUGGCCUUUACGGAGCGUGCACCAAACGACCAGAUGUUUGUCUUGUGAUGGAAUAUGCCGAUGGUUCGCUUCACAAGACGCUGCACGUCUCACCAAAGCCCUACUAUACGGCUGCUCACGCCAUGAGCUGGGCAAGACAGUGCGCGGAGGGAGUUGCCUACCUGCACGAUAUGACCCCGAAACCAAUGAUUCACCGUGACCUGAAACCUCCCAAUCUGUUGCUGGUAAAAAACGGGACGGUGCUUAAAAUAUGCGAUUUCGGUUCCGUCGCAGACAAAUCGACCCGUAUGACCAACCUUCAAGGUAGCGCUGCCUGGAUGGCCCCGGAGGUGUUUGAAGGUUAUACCUACACGGAAAAGUGCGACGUGUACAGCUGGGGCAUCAUCUUAUGGGAGGUGAUUGCGCGAGAGCAACCGUUCAAGUAUAUCGAAAAUUCAUUUGCCAUCAUGUGGCGCGUGCAUCAGGGCAAUCGACCACAGCUGAUCGAUGGUUGUCCGAAACCGAUCGAGCAGCUAAUGACCAGCUGCUGGAAUCAGGACCCAGCUAAUCGGCCCUCGAUGCAGGAAGUCGUCGACACAAUGAAUCAGUUGUGCAAAUUUUUCUCCGGGGAAAACGAACCCAUUAUUUACCCGAAAGUUUCUAAUGACGACAAAGAGGAAGAAAGUUAUUUUCUCGAGAAUAGCCUGGACACGAACCAGCACGGACCAAGCUCCACUUAUGGCAAAGAUCACAGUACAGUGACGUCGAGGGACACCAUCCACACCGAUGUCAAUCCAUCUAUUGUCAACUCCGGCAGCCCCGGUAGCAGCAAUGUGCCUCGUGUGUCCGCUUACCGCAGCAACGAUUCUCGUACGUCUAAUUCCGGACGAAAUGCAUAUAGCAGAGGAUCCGACUACGGACGCUAUCAAAUAAAAAAUGAUUCCAUGGCAAGUGGUCUGUACACGAAAAGUUCCCGCCCUGGAACAGGUUACGGAAGUCCCGAUUUUAGUUUUCGGAAUGCCGCGGCACGUCGAGCUAGAGCCAAAUCUCCACCGCCACAGUCGUCGCUGAUAGUGAACAGUGUUACUCCCACGGCUAGUCAUUUGCACAGACCGCUCAACGUUGCCAUUGAUCCGUCAAUGACCUGGAAAACUACUGACACCGAAGAACCUUUACAUGAUCUAGUUGAUAGUGCAUCAAACAACCAGGGAACAGAAAGACUGGUCGUAACAAGAAGAAACAAUGGACCAAUCGAGGGCAACCUGCCAUGUGCAACGGCAACGUCCGGUGCGCUCGCUACUGGCAAGCUAAACUCCGCCAGCAACUUCAACACUAGUCACAUCACCAGCAAUAUAAACAGUGCGGGUGGCGAUGCUGUAAGCAGUAGUACCUCAAAGACUUUUACUAGCACCACGACGACCGCGGAGGCGGCCCUCGACUACAAAUCGUUGAACAGUAUUCUGGACGAUAACCUGCGACCACUGACGCCGGUUCCCGGUAACCCACGAUCGGAGCAGAUUCACAAUGAGCAUAAACAGCUAGUGAAGGAAUAUUGGGAGAUCCAAACACAAAUUGUUACCAAUCAAGCUCAUCGCGAUAAUCUGCAAAUGAACAUGCCCGCGGAAGAGCUGCGACUAAAGAAAGAGUAUUUGAAGAAAUUAGAGGAAAAGGAAGCACUACUCAAAUUCAAAGCAAACCUCCAGAAACAGUUGGACGAACGAAAACGAAUAGCUUGCAGUAAUCAGCUGCACGCGGCCGGUCCGGCUCACCUGCAACAAAAUCAGCACCAACAAUCUGCACCUCCUCCUGCCGCUGCUCCUCCAGCAGGGCUUCGAAGGCAAGACUCGACGACCGAAUCGGGUUGGGUAAUCAUAUCGCCAGAGGAGGGUGCUACCGGGAACAAUCCGAGUUGAAAGCUAACCGGCAGGAUGCGGAACCAACGUGUGAUGAUCGAUUUUACGAGCAGUAUUUUUCGCUUGAUUUACCUCUCGCGGAAUACUGCAUCAUAUUCAAGUGCCAAAAAAAGUUUAGGUGGGAACUUCCCCGCCCUUUAAAUUGUGUAAAAGAUGUAUUUAGGAAAAGCUGCAUAUUUUUACUGUACAUGCUAUACCUAUUGAAUCGCCAGCGACGGUAUCGUUUGUUUAGGUUUAGAUUAAGUAUUUGUUUUUUACCGUUCUAGAAUAGACGAGUGUAAUAAAUAUGAUAUUACACUAAAAA